AAAUUUUCCAGAUUGUCAGCCGACAGCCAUAUUGAAUGUGAAAUUUUGAAAUAUUUACACGUGCAUUAAAGCAGUGUGUUAAAAACAGCUAAAUACGCUUGCCAAAAGUUAUAUAAGAAAUGUCCGUGGUAGGAUUUGAUGUUGGGAAUCAGUCUUGUUUUAUUGCUGUAGCGAAAGGUGGAGGAAUUGAAACUAUUGACAAUGAAUACAGCGAUAGGAGGACACCGUAAGAUUUGUGUUCUUUUUUAUAUACAUUACAAUUUAUAUUUGUACCUGUCACGACUCAUUCUUAUAUAUGUUAUUAGUGUUUUAUUGUAAUAAUAAACUAGCGUGAUACUUUUAUUAGACAAAAAUUAUGUGCAGUCUGUAAAUUUUAAUAUUGUAAAAUCCAAAUGUUAAAGAUGGCACAAAUUUUGAUAAAUUAUUAAAUGGCUUAAUGCUUGGUAGUUAAUAAUAUAAAUUUAAAUUAACCUUGAAUUUAACUUAGACAUGACUUGUUCAUACUUUUACACAUCUAGUUCUUAUGUAUCUUUUGGUGAGAAACAGCGGUAUUUGGGAGUCUCGGCAAGAAACCAGGUAGUACUUUAUGACACAUACAUGUGUGAUAAACUCAUAGUAAUUUAGUAUAGUAUAUAGCACAUGAAAUUCUCAUUUCUUGCUUGUCUUUCACAUGUGAUUUUCAUGUACUUUUACUUUCAAUUUGAAAGUAAUAAUAAGUAUCGAUCUUUAUUUCAAGGAACGAACAAAUGUGAAGAACACAGUGAGUCAGUUCAAGAGGUUGAUUGGUAAGAAGUUUUCAGACCCUGAUAUACAGCAUGAAUUACAAAGCAGGAUGGUUCCAUACAAUAUUGUGGAACAGCCAGAUGGAAAAGUUGGAAUUAAGGUUAGUUUGAAUUCCAGGAAUGAAAGUAAAAAUGAAAUGUCAUUCCAAGAAAUAUGAAAAUAGAUUGCAGUUAGAUGAAAUUUGAUAUCACAUACUAGGGUAAAACAUUACUGGUAACCUAAAUCAUAAAUAUCACAAAUUCUACCGCUGUUUUUUGAACAUUGUUGAAUAUAAAGUUCAGCUACUUGGUUGGUUAACACAUUAAGCUGCAUAGGUUCCCCAUUGACGAGUAAAAUUGUCUGGCGUUAGACAAGUAAAAAAAUAAGUUGGGUGCACUGGGGUGCAUUGCGGCUCAAUGGGUUAAGUAAAAGAUUAACAUGGACAAAAAUGGGUCGUUCCAGAAAAGAUCCAUACUCCCCCCACAGAGGAAAUUUCUGCCGUCCGGAGGGGAGGGGAGAAAAAAUUGUUUCUGAUAAUAGUAAAUGUAUUAGGACAUCCUUAGGGGGUAGGGGGUUAACUUCCUAUUUCCUCCGUGGGGGUGGUAUGGAUGUUUUCUGGAAUGACCCAAUGAUUGAUUUGUACAAUGAUUUCUUCAUCACCGCCUACUUUUUCAGCACAGCCGCUUACUUUUUCAGCACAGCCACUUACGUAAAAUGAUUUUGAAAGUCGUGCUGGCAUAUGUAUAAAUUAUACCUGCUCCAAGUCUCUAUUAAUUAAUAUUAAUUUGCCCCACCUCAUUGCACCUCACAUAUGGCAUGGUGGUGAAAUGUUAUAUAAUCCAUUGAGUGACAUCACUUUGACAUUAGAGUGUUUGAAUUUUGAACAAUAAGUGAACCAAGCAAUAGAGUUGUCAUUUUCUUUUAUUGGUUGCACAAGUCUCUUUCUUAGGGCAUUGUGUGUCUAUCAUAUGUUAGGUGCAAUUGCAAUAUUGUGAGGACACAAAUAGAUAGCAAACCUCAUAUAUACUGUAUAAUGCAAGCCUCAUAAAAUGAACUGCUGAAUGUCAUCUACAUGGUAAUACAGUACUUAUAGUGCUAUUAAGCUUAAUUUGAUGGUUUUGAUUACUAUAGACAGUAUAGUUUGAGAAGUAUUAAUGAAAAAUCGCACACAUGUUUGGCGAAUAUAUAGCAUGCAUGUUUGACUAUGAUAUUUCCAACGUUAAUUUUCAAUUCAUACCUGUAAAAACUGUAAAUAAUCUUUGUUUCUUCUUUGUCUUUUUUAUUUGAACAUAAAUAAGAUGUUUAAUUAGAUUUCGAAUUUAAAAUUUCAGAAUGCACACAGGCUUGUAUUUGUGCCGAUUAAUUUUUAAUCGGCUUGUGACGAUUAAUCGUUAAUCGGCACACCUGUGUGAUUGAUGUUUAAUUGGCACAGGAUAAAUGUUUAACCAAUUAGAAUUGAGUAAAUUGACUAGAAUGAUAUUAAAUGCUAAAAAUGCAAUUAAACUGUAAACUGGUUUCUCAUAAUUUCAUAAAUUGCAGUAUUAAAUAAAUUGGUCAACGAAAUGCAAUUUCUGAGGCACUGGAUGUUGUUGACAAUAACCACAACUUAGUUCGACAUGGCUGCAAAACUCACCAUAAGCUAGAACAUUUUGCACCAUCACAACUAAACACUGAGUAUGUUGCAUGGUUUUAUAGUGAAAACAUUGACGUAACUUGUUUUUCCCAUAACCAUGUUUUGAAUAUAAUACUACAGCAAUGACAAAGGUAAUAUGAAUAAUAUAUAAUAUGAUAAUAGUACAUCUGGCAAGUCUAUGCUGUAAAAGGUUUAUAACUUCAUAUAUAUGGUGGUCUUUAUUUAAUUUUAAAUUUCUAGUGAUAAAAUUAACUGUUGAGGAAUUACCUAUGUAAUGUUAUAACAUGAAACGACCAAACAGGGAACAAAUUGUUCUAUUGGGACAUGAAUGUGAGUUUGCUUCAGCAGUGAAUGAAAAUGAUGCCAUAAUCACAUAUCUUUACUUCAUGGAUUUUAGAAUGAUUCCUAGAAAAUAUAUCUUACUUUCAGUUUCAACUUGCUUUUGAAAUCUGAGUACCGGCAGUAUGCAUUAAAGCAUGUGUGCCUACUCAAAUUACCUAAGCAAAAGAUGGCAAAAGAGCACUUGAGAUGUGUAGGGUGCUUACUGAAACCUUUUUUCAAGUGAACCCAGUUACAUGUGGUAACAAUUCAUUGGACAGAAUUAUAGGUCAUGGUUUAAAUAUUUUGGUGGAUAUAAGGAUUAUAAGCCCUAUUUCACCCUAUAACAAUUUACUUUUAUUACUCUGUCUUAUGCCACUGCCAGAGAUUCGGCUGGAAGGUGAAGGUUCAUCAUGUUACUAGAUUAAUUAGACUCCCAUACAUGUUCUGAAUAUUUUGAUGUUGAGUUUAUUGUACACAUAUUAAGAUGUAAUAUUUUAAUUGAGAGUUUUGGUUGCUAUUAUGGGCCUUCCACUGCUUUAUUAGGUCAUUCACAGCCAAUAUUUGAAUCUCCAUAAAAGCUUAAUUCAGUAACCAGCCAGUCAAGCUUUAAUGUGUCGUAUUGUUACUUAAUUUUAAGACCAGGACUUUUUUACCAUGAAAUAGAGGUUCAAUCUAAAUUUCAUGAACAUGGAUAUGCAUGUACCAGAGGUUGAGAAAAAGAUUUCUUAAUAAUUUUCUCUUUCAAAGGUGAAUUUUUCAAGUGAUCAGUUUGUUCCCAUAAACGUCUUUCUUUCAAAGAAAUCACUCUUCUCAUCAAGAGAGUGACACUGUUAAAAGCAUCGUUAUUGCAUCGAUAUACUACAAACAGGAAGAAUGUCUUUCUAAGUUUUUACUUCUUAUUUCAAACUUUUAUCUUUUUUUUGUUUAUAAUCAGGAUAAAACUCUACACGGUUAAAAACGGUAAAAUGUUUAAAAUGUACGUUUCGAAAUGUAGUACACUAGUUUUUAACAUUUUACCGUUUUUAUAACUUUUUAGAGUUCUAUCCUGAUUAAACCAAAACGAUAAAAGGAAGAAUGUCUUCCAUUUUUCUCGGACAAUGUACGUUUCUAUACAAAUCUAAUAUUUUUCAAUAUAUACAUUGAAUGUGUUUUUAGGGGGGAAACAUAUUUUCAAACGUAUAGGAUUAAGAUCCAUAUACUGUAGCUGAUGUCUAAAAGAAUAGAUGCAGAAUGCUACCAUAGCUUUUUGAAAAUACACAGACGUACAGUGUGUUCCAUAACUGUGGUUCCGUGCAGCAUGGUUAAUAGUGCAGGGAGUCGGGAUUUGUGGUGCGCAAGUUUUGUGAUGUUGUGCUAAAGCUUUAAGCAGUAAAAAAAGGAGCAGUUAUACUGACUCACAGCUCGGCACUGUAAGAAACAUGACACAGUCGGCACUGUAAGAAACAUGAGAUAUAUGUGCAUGAUAUAUCUACCAAUACUAUACCUCAAAUUAAAAUUGUUCAAUGAAAUAAACAGCAUUUGUACCACGUGAUAAUGUGAUUUUUUACGGUAUUUCACUCAAAUUCAUGAUUUCGCAAUGCAGCGUAUAUCUACCAAAAUAUAUUGCAUCAUUGCGUAUAAUUAAUCUACAAUGUCUUGAGGGGUACUUAUCAUACUUUGGAAGAAGAUCUAAUAAUUAAUGUAGGUCGUUAUAUAUUAUGAACUCAAGCAAUUGUCACUUUUCCUAUUGAUUCGCGGCGCGGAUCAUGAUCUCCUUGUUUCAGUAACUACUGUACUUAUUACAUGUUUAUCAGAGUAAAAUAUACCCGCGGGGUACAUUUCGUGCGUGGGAAAUGGUUACGUGGUCACAUGAUUUAGGUUAAUGAUUUGGCGACAAUAGUCGUACGCAGGGAGUCUUAUCCUUUUUUGUAAUUCAUGACUUGACCGUUACAAGUAAGUUCUGGAAUCUGACUGUAGGUAACACUUUUAAAAAUCUUUUUCGCUUUUGACAUUCGUUCAUCUCAAUAUAUUAUUUUACUGCCAAUAAUCUGGGAAGUUAACCAUAUGGUGUAAUGUAGAAUGUGUAUACGAGGUUGUAUUAAUGAAUGGACAAACCUUUUUAUAUUAUAUUAUAUUAUAUAUAUUUUAUUUAUAGGUCAAAUACAAAGUGUCGUAAAGCUAUAACUAAUUUAAUUAAAUACCCUAUACCUAAUUAUAACAUUAAUUGUAUAUUAUUCAUUUGGGCGUUUUUUUAAGACUCUCAGACUAAAGUUUGUUUGUGUUUGUUGAAAGACGAUGUAGGAUAUUUAUUUUCGUCAUUUUAACUCUCUUAUGUUCAGGUCCAAUGUCUGGGACAGGAAUCCGUAUUUAAUCCUGAGCAAGUCAUGGCAAUGUUGUUAACGUACCUUAAGACAACAGCAGAAAAUGCUAUUUCUACUAAAGUCGCAGAUUGUGUAAUAUCGGUAAGCGUGAACCAAUUCUACAUCAAUUGUGUGGCAUUAUAUAUGGUUGGUCAUGUUCAUUUAGACCUAAUCUGGUUUAUAUGAAAUGGGAUUUUAUGGACUUUCUUGUCAACUCAAAUGACUACUUUAGACACGAAAGUCAGAAGGCAUUAACGUAUAAACCUUUUUAAAAGGUCUGCCUUGUGACGACGUUUGCGAAUAAAGGAAAACCCCGCACAGCCAUUUGGCUCGCCUGAUUGGCCAAGUGAUCGUAUUCAAACUUCGUCACAAGGCAGACUUUUUAAAAAGGUGUAUUGCCAUUUGUGGUACUCAACUAAGAAUAUGUAUUCGGAAACACGGAGUUUCCUCAGCUAAAUUCCUUACCUACUGUACAUGCUACAUGAGCAUGGUACAGUAUAAUACAGUAAAUAGCAUGACAUCAUAAAUUGUAAUACAACAACUCUCUCUAGUAUUUUAUCUCCUCUCAACCUCUCUUAGACUAUCCUCGUCCCCAGGGCCUCUCGGCCGCGCGCGUCCUCCCAAGGCCCUGGGACACACGGAACUGGAAGUGCAAAAAAACUUGUAGUUUCUAAAGCGCAUGCUCUUGAAAUGGGGCGCUUUAGCACCCGUAACACUUUUCACAAUGAAGUAUUUGUGUUGACAUAUUUUGAUAGAAUAAUUUUGCGUAGCGAAAACUGCCCAACUUCUGCGAAAUAGCAGUACUCUGAGAAGCCAAUCAGAUCUCUCCCUUUAGUCGUCUAACCCAGAGCCUAAUUUUCAACGAGUGACCGAAUACUCUUGAACUGGAUAUUCUUAUGUUAUAGGUCCCAUGCUACUACACAGACCAGCAGAGAAGAGCGAUGCUUGAUGCUGCAUAUAUAGCAAGUUUAAACUGUCUGAGGUUGAUGAAUGAUACGACGGCAGGUACGUUACCCAACAUUGCACUAUGUGGUGUUUUUUUUCUUUUGGCUUCAUUUUUUCUUUGCCUGUACAGCUCUGGUUAAAUUCUUGGAACCUGCUUAAACGUCAACCACGUAAUAGAUCAACGUGGUUUUUGUGCAUGAGCGAAACAACAUCAGUAUUUAGUAAAAUGUGAUUUUUCUGUUCUAGUGGCAUUGGCAUAUGGCAUAUAUAAACAGGAUCUUCCUGAAGAAAAUGCCAAGUCAAGAAAUGUUGCAUUUGUUGAUUUUGGUCAUUCCUCGUUGCAGACGUCGAUCGCAGCUUUUAAUAAAGGAAAACUAAAGGUGGUGAUAUCUGAUUAUAAUUCAACUGAUUUUAUCUUAAUGUAUAUCUUGCAAUUUGUAAUACUUACUUAAUUCACUUGAUUCCGUGGCAUCCAAAAAUUUUGGAUGGAAUGCUGCUGCUGCUGUUGUUGUUGUCGUUGUUGUUGUUGUUGUUGUUGUUGUUGUUGUUGCUGCUGCUGUUGUUGCUGCUGUUGCUGCUGCUGCUGUUGCUGUUGUUGUUGUUGUUGUUGUUGUUGUUGUUGUUGUUGUUGUUGUUGUUGUUGUUGUUGUUGUUGUUGUUGUUGUUGUUGUUGUUGUUGUUGUUGUUGUUGUUGUUGUUGUUGUUGUUGUUGUUGUUGUUGUUGACGAUGAUGAUAUAAUAUAGAAAGAAUAUGGAAAGAAAAUAUAUUUCAUCAUGACAAGGAUAUUGACAAAAACUUAUUAAACAGUAUUUGCUCAGUUAAAAUGUUGAGAAGCAGUUCUGUCUAUUGGAUUUACACAAGUACAGUGUCGAAUAUCUGACUAAAAUAUCUUGCUAUUCUUUUGCUGUUCAGAUCCUGACUACCGCAUCAGAUUCGAGUCUUGGUGGCCGCGAUUUUGACACGAAACUUGUUGAACACUUCUGUAAAGAUUUCCAGGUAAUUUAGCAAACAAAGCAACAGUUUAAAAAUUGAAUGAAUUAGGACAAAUUCAUACUAUCAAUUCAGGGCGACACAGUAUAUAACUGGUGUUUUGCGCGUUGUCACGAAUUGUUUUUUAUUAUAAAUGUGUUUUCCAAUGAGAAAAUUCGCCUAGUCACAAACGCAUAUGAAUGAAGAAUGUUUAAACUUCUUUUUAAGACUCGUUAUAAAAUUAACGUGAAAGAGAAUAAGAAAGCUUACCUAAGACUAGAAGCAGAAUGUGACAAGUUAAAGAAGGUGAUGAGUUCUAACUCAGUCGAGAUACCCAUGGCUAUUGAUAAUUAUGUUGAUGAUAAAGAUGUUGUGGGCAGGAUGAAAAGGUAAACAACGAUUUUGAAUGAAGGUUAACCCAUUGAGCACCAGCGCUCUCCCCUUGACGAGUGAAGUCGUCUGGCAUUAAACAGAGUAAAAUAAUUAAGUAGGGCGCAUUGGGGCGCAAUGCGACCUCAUGGGCUAAACAAAGUCAACUGAAGUAAGGUGGUGGUGGCAUUAACCAGUAAAUGCUCCGCUAGAUUUUUACUGUAUCAAGUUUUAUGAUACAAGUAGGUGAUUUGUCGCAUUUGACCCUGAAAAGUGCUCUAAGCGUGUUCGAUUUUGCGUACCAUUGCAUGCAUUAUUGCACAUUCCAUUAUCCUAAGCAAAACGUAGAAUCCAGACACUGAUCCAGCCACACCAAACACGUCAUGUUUUCACAAUUAUGUAAACAGUCACAAACAACAAAUUUGUAAACGGUGGCCCACCCGAUAGCUUCUCAGCUACUUUGCAUGGCCACUGUACACGAUAUAAUACCAUAAUUAACUCUCUUUUCCAUUAUAAUAAUUUUUGUGAUGUAAUUAAUGUGUAACUAUAUCUUUUGUAAAACGUGUGAAAUAAUCUUGAAUCUUGAAACCGUGGGCACACGAGUCAGUUUUUAUGAUAACCUCUUGCGUUGUGAAUUUGGUAGUAGAAUCCACAGUUAUACACAGGUUGGAGGAGCUAAUGACAUGUUUUAUGCAUUAUAUCAGAAAAAGGUUUUGUCCGUCAACGUAAAUUGGGAAAGUUUUUUGACCGAUUAAAGUCCUUGUGUAGGAAUAAAUAGUGUUUUUUCAACAUGUUUCUCCUUAGAUGCAAACAACGGCAGUGCCCUGGUUUUGUACAUUUCAUUUCCAGUGAAUGAGCACUGAAAAAUGCACCCGAUGGCACUUCGUUUUGUAUAUUUCAUUUCUGGUUCACGAAUGAACACGGAUGCACACCGAUUACACUUUGUUUUGUAGAUUUCAUUUCAGUGAAUACACACCCAAUAUGAAUGAAACGCGAUACAUUUUGAGAAAAUAGUUAAUAGGAAAAAGUAAAUAACACGUUCUUUGAUAUAAUAAAUAAAUAUAAAAUCAAACGCAAUGCACUUUCUCAUCAGAAAAAAUGAAAAUAUACCAGUAGACCCAGUUGGGAAAGCCCCUUAGCUACUUCAAUUGGGAAGAGUCCGUCAAACGGACAGUAUAUGGGCCAGCUAACACCCUGAUUAGACUAGUUUUAUGGAUUCUAUUGUCAAAGGUUAUAAUAAAAAUGCAAGACAUUAUGUUUGUAGUCCAAAAUGACUCCUCUGCCCCCCUGUGCUAUCAAUAUAAAAGAAUUCCAAAUCAACACCAAUAAGGCGUAUUACCAAACGAAAAUAUACUGGAAUUACUAUACAGUACUUCUCAUGUUUGAACAUGUUGUUUGUGCAUUUUUUAGAGAAACGUUUGAAGCAAUGUGUUCACAAUUAUUGAUAAGAGUAGAAAAUUGUCUCAAACAGUUGCUUGAGAAUUCAGGUUUGUUAAGUAAUUGACUUUUCGUAUUCGUUAGUGAUGUGCACUGUUGUUAUAAUAAAUAGGUUGCAAACCAUAAAUUCUCUAUUUGAAUAUUUUUGGAGACAACAGUGUUGUACAGCCUGACCUGUACAAUACAUGACGGAAUCAUUCAAUAUUUAGUAGAGCAAGUGGGCUGCAACAGGGUAAUGUUACGGGUAAUUGGUGAUAUCUCAUUUCCUUGCCCUGAUCGCUUAUUUGAGGGCGGCACUUUUUUGAAGGCGGCGCUUUUUUGAAGGCGGCGCUCUUUGCAUGGAAAGGAUAGUCACAAGAAACUUUCAAAACUUUAAAAAUUGAAACUUCUAUUGUCCAGACAGGAUUUCUGCUAGGAAAUUCGUUUUGAUGUUUUGGGUUAACCUAUAGGAUUAAGCUAACCAACGUUUGAACAACCUGGCCCUGUACUACAGUAUAAAUAUAGGGGGAAAAUCCAAUUUGGGGUUUAUAAAUAUUGAGUUGUACUUAGAGUCUCAGUGGUUGCACUGUUGUUGUUUUUAGUUUAUCUGUUCCACUCACUCUAGUGGCCUACGGCGCACUAAUUAAGUACAUAUCUCGAUCUGGAGCAUCUACACUCAAUGAACUAAUUGUAGAAGGAUUUUGUAGAUGGAAGUUUGGAGUGUGAAUUUUAUACAUUUACUAGACUAGACAGAGGACCUAUAGUUGCAUUUUUCGCAACUGCUCAUGUUUAAAUCUACUUUCUCGAAUCUUCUCUCUCAGCUCUAUCACCUUCACUUCCUGUCUUAUGUCUCAUUCUAUCUCGUCUUGUUACAUCUCUAUUGGCUCGUAGACAUCUCAUCUCUGCCAUUUCCAAUUUCUUCACAUGCUCUUCCUUUACUGCCCAGGUCUCUGCCCCACAAGGAAUCACCGGUCUUACCAUCGUUUUGUACACCUGCGUUUUCAGUCCCGUUUAAAUCUAAUAAAUGUAUAAAGUUCAUACUCGAAAUUUCCAUCUACAAAAUCCUUCUACCAACACUUAAAUACCGUGUCGUUGUGAAUAGGUGCAAGGGAAGCGCUCUUUUAAGGAGUUCAUUCUUUUAGGCGCCCGUGUUCAAGGGCGACGCUUAAACGAAUAGAUUCGGUAAUUCUGGUGUUUGUUACAAAAAUGUUUGCGAAUGGGGCAACCAGGUAGUGAUGCUAAUAGUUUGUUUGUGUCCAACAUCCUGCUUUAAAAUUGUAGUAGCGGUUCUAAUCAUGUUUUUAUAUUUUGAAAGGAUUAAAGAAAGAAGAUAUUGAUGCCGUCGAGAUCGUUGGAGGAUCAACUCGAAUUCCCGCUGUAAAAAGUUACAUUCGUAAAGUAUUUGGAAAAGAAACCAGUACAACCUUAAAUACUGAUGAAGCUGUAGCUAGAGGUUGUUCUUUGCAGGUACUCACUGAACAAGAUUUUUACCCAUAUUUUUCUAUGCAAAUGCAUGAGAGUUGAUUUCACUAUUAGUGACCGGAUAUUGUAAGCAUGUAGAACGUGAACGCGACGCCGACAGCGAACGUUGAACCAAAUAAUUGCAGACGAAAAGUUAUCGUCAAUUAUCCAUCGUAUGAAAAAUAAUACAGUUUAAGGAUUAAGGUUAACACAGGGUUUGAUUGAGAAAAGUUAUAGGACACCAUGUCCCAGCUUUGAAUGUCAGCGUUGUAAACAAGACGUGAUGAUCUGUAUUUUGCCGUUGUAAACAGAGCGACGGCAACGUCUUAAACUUCCGUGGGAUUUUAAUAAUUGUUCAUUUCUGUUCAUUUUCUUGUAUUAAUAUGAUAUUAAUAGCCGUCCUCGUUGCACUUUUGUCCAGCUUGUUGAGGUUCUUUGUAAUUAUAAAAGUGUAAAAUUUAAAGUGCACCUAACCUCAAUUCUUCUAACAUCUCAUUCGUAAGAACAUUUGAUAUUGUAACUUAUUUUGAAGAUUUUCGUUUGCACACUUUGUCUCUGAGUUAUUUCAGUUUUAUUGUACACUGUAUGCAAAUGUCCGGAAUUGAAUUUACGUCACAUAUGAAUAAUGACUGAUUAGAAAUGUACGGCACAGUUAAAUAUCAUGAAAAAAAAAGGCUAAAUGGUGCUUUACAUAGGUAUGUAAUCCUCCCACAACUCCAAACUUCAUUUUAAUGAAUUAAACUCGAUAGUGAAUACGAUAUACAAGCUUUUACUUUAAGUCAUUGUGCAUUUGUGACGUAAAAUCCGGAUAUUUGCAUACCAAACAAACUGAAAUAUCUCAGAAACAAAGUGAGGAAACGAAAAUCUUCAAAAUAAGUUAUUAUAUCAUUUCAGAAGUUCUUAAGAAUGAAUUAAUGAUAAAAAGAAUCGUGGUAAGGUGCACUUUAAAGCUUUUUUUGUCACGUCUCCGUACUAGAUUAAUUAAGCCUUGCUUAAGUUCGUGUACACAAUGUGCGUGUGCUUUUUAUAACUUAUGAAUAGUACUUUGCUAGUAUUAGAGAUUUCACAGCAAGUACGGCAUUGUAAAGCUUUUACAAUGUAUAAUUUUAAAUGUUGCAUUUAGCAUUUCACACUCGAUAUUCUUUGUUGUGUUGUAUUAACGUCUACCUAUUCGUUUUCUAGUGUGCUAUGUUAUCUCCUGCAUUCCGUGUUCGAGAUUUCAACGUACAGGAUGUCACACCGUAUCCUAUCAAACUUACUUGGGACUCAGUUGGAGGAGAAGAUUCUGGGUUAGUAUUUACCGUGCGCUGGUUUGUUCACUGUUUGGCAGUGCUUUUCAGAAGCUGACUCGUCCCCAGACUUGCUGAUAUGAAAAAGGAAAGCGUGUCUUUGGGUCCAAUUGUUCCAAGCCGAAAGCGCCUGCCUUGCAGGGCUGCAUGAUCUUAAUUUUUUUAAGCAAAUGUGAAGACUGCAAGAGUCCGUUAUCGUGUGGUACACGCGAAUGAAAGAAAUCACGAUAUGUGCCGCUCAAUUAGGGUCAGAUUAAGAUUAGGUUCGCCUUCUUUUAAAGACCGCGACAAUAACAAGUUAGUGCAACUCUCUAUAUGUGGGCCUAUGGCAACAAGACUGGUUUUUGUGUGUUGGGCGGUGUUGAAGUGAUUUGCGUAUACGAUAGUAAAGAGAUUCAAAUUUACCGCUACCAUUAACCAAUCAGGUGCGUUUAAUCUACCCGAUUAACCAAUCAGAUGCAUAUACUGAGCCAUUGAGAAGUAGCGGAAGUGAAGUAUAAACCUCACUAUUGUUGUAAAUGUCGGGCAGCACAAAAUAUUUUUGCGCCGUGAACAUAAGCAGUUUAUUCCUUGCAUAGCGUACAAAGUUUGUAUAGUGUAACCUGAACUUCAGAGGAAAAUCUAAAUUAAGUGAAUUUGUUUUUCAGAGCAAUGGAUGUCUGCGAAAAUGGUCAUGCUUUUCCUUUCCUCAAACAGUUAACGUUCUAUAGAAAAGAGGCGUUUGAUUUGAGUGCGUUCUACACACGUGAAAAUUCUCAAGCAGUAAUAGGUAUAGUUGGCAACUUGGCAUGUUUUUCGCUAUCAUAUCUCACGUUAAAAUACCUUCCUCAUGCAAAUACUCUACGUGUAGCGUAUAUGCUUACAUUAGUUUGCUUUAUUAUAUUAUUAAAGUGAUUGUAGUUUGUUCAUCUCUUCGCUUUAUGGCUUUGCAAUUACCCCUUUCUAUGAAAAUUAAAUAUAAUAUGUGACGGAGUAAGCCGUCUUCUUCGAGGGACCUCUUUUCUUCCAUGAAGAAUUUAGUGCCCAGUGUUGGUAAAUAAGGCCAAUCCGGGAACGGAAGCCACAGUUCUGACGGAUGAAGUCUCUUCCGAGUAGUAGCGGGGUAAGGGUGACGUCUCUAGUUCUCCACGUGCACGCAAAUGCUGCUUCGUGUCUUCAAUUUGGUUGUCCUUAAAAUCUGUUCUUUAUAGCAGAUUUUGUGCUGUUCAGAUCGGUUUGUUGUCACUGCAAUGUGCAAGUUAACAGACUAUGAUAUAUAAUCUUGAACUGUCUGUGCCAGUGUAGGUUGUGCCAAUAAUAUUAUCAAACUUUCGUUGGUAGGGAUGCAACUACCUGAAAAAUAUAAGCAGAAUUUCGACGUUUCAAGCGAAGGCCAAUCCAUCUGAUUGGGGUUUUUUUUGUCACGUGCAUGAUCGCUUUUAUAUUCUUAGUAUAAAAUCUCAUGUAAUUUUCUCGACCCCCGCUAGUAACUCCAGACGAAGGGGCUUCGCUCAAAACGUCGAAACUCUUUCUAUAUAUAUUUUCAGGUAGUUGCAUCCCUACCAACGAAAGCUUGUUCAUAUUUAUAUAUAUAAUCUAUAUCUGUUUUGUGCGUUAAGGUCGAUUUUCAGUGAAAAACGUUACACCAACAAAGGAUGGUGAAUCUUCAAAAAUCAAAGUAAAAAUUCGUAUGGAUAUCCAUGGUAUCUUCUACGUCUCUAAAGCGCAAAUGAUUGAGAAGAUGCCAUCCGAUGACGAAUCUGUUAAUGAACCAAUGGAAACGCAGGCUGCAGCCGAGGCUGAGAACACUGACAGCAACAUUGCGGAUGCACAGAACGGUGUUAAAGAUGGAGCUCAGGUACAAUAUUUUCUGUAAAUGACUCCUCGUAUUUACACUCACUGCAGACGAAACAUUUUGCACCUUCGCAUUAUUAACUUGGUUCGUGCCAAAAAGCCCAAAUGUUUCUUGUUAAAUGUGCGCUCACCAUGCAGCAAUUACGACAAUAAUUUAAAGAAUAAGCGCAAUACACGCUUCCGGAAAGUACGUCACUUUGGCUAUAGAACCUCGUUUUCGUGUAUGUGACAUCAGUUAAAGUCCACGUCUCAAUCACGAAAACGAGGCUCUAUAGCCAAGGUGAUGUACUUUCCGGAAGCGUGCAUUACUGACGUUUAAUUCUGUUACCCCCAGUAAUAGAUAACGUCGGACAAUGUCACUUUGUUUAGAAAAUAUUGCAACUGGAAACUCUUUCACUCCUUUACAAUAGUCCUUGUUUAUAUUAACGUGAAAUUUUAUAUUACGUGUGGCUGUGCAAGGUCGUCAUAAUUUGGUCUUGUGACUAUCUCGAAAUAUACAAAUAGAAUUCAACAUCACUGAAUUCAACAUGUCAGACAUCAACAAGGUUUGGGAAUUAACAGUUGAAAUUUUGAAAUAUAUACUUGUAUUUAAUCAUCGAUAACCAUGCGUUUUCUCCGCGGUGCAUUCUAUUUUGGGUCGGCACGAAGCUCUAGGAAUCUGUUCUGUGAUUGGUUGAUUAUGACAAAAGAAUAAGCUAUAGAAUGGAUUUUCUAAAGAACGAAGCAAGAACGAUAUUCCUUUUGUUUAUGUAAGCCAAUUACGUCUUUUGUCAUUGUCAUAGUCAACCAGUCACAGAACAUCUUCCUUGCGUACUACACACAAUAAUCUACAAGAAUAUAUAAUGUACACUAUGUUACUGUUAUGUGAUUAUUCGGCUAUGGGUGUAAGAGUUUUGUGCAUUGUAUAUAGGUAGACAAAACAACACUGGGAAACAUGUCAACUAGGUGAUCUUACUUUGACGAAAGCAAAUGAAACGAUCCAACAAAGAAAACUUUAGCAACUACAAUGCAGUAUUUUAGUAUAGGUAAUAGUACAGUUUCGAGUGCAAUUUGGGAAAAAACAUGCACGAGUGAGUUUUCCAUAGUUAAUAGAGGAGAUGGUUUGGAAACUCAUUUGCAUUACAAUAAACCUUAUUAUCUAUGUUUUUGUUCAGGUUUAUGCAAAAAUGUAGUCUUUCAUCGUCACGUGCGUAUUGUAUUUUUGCUCAACCAGCCAAUAGCAACGGUUUUGUUCAGUUGCCCAUCCGUGACUUUAACAAUAGAUUAUUUUGAACAUUCCUAUUGGUUGACUUGGGAAAAAUACAAUACGCACGUGACGAUGAAAGACCACAUUUUUGCAUAAACCUGAACAACAUAAGAUAAUGAGGUUUAUUGUGAUUUUAUUGUAAUGCUAAUGAGUUCCAAACCAUCUCUUCUAUUAACUAUGGUUUUUCAAGGACUAUCAAAAUUGCACGAGUCCGAAGGACGAGUGCAAUUUGAAGUCUUUGAAAAACUCACAAGUGUAUGUUUUUCAAAUUGCACGAGAAACCAUACUAUUAGUAAUAAUAUACUGAAAAAAUUAUGAAAAAAUUAUGUAGUCACGUGCGUAAGUCACAUUAAGAGAAUUUAGAAAAUUAAGAAAUUUGUACUGUAUUCUUUUUUUGCACUGUAUAUCAUUUUUUGGCACUAUAUUUUAGCCAAUCAAAAUUGAAUUUUUUUAAUGUAUAUUAUUAACACUGAAACAUCACGACUCAUUUGGUGUUGGUGUACUACUAAAGUUUUCUUUGUUGGAUCUUUCAUUUGCUUUCAAAAAGUGAACAUUGCUUAGCAACACUAAAUCACGUCCGGUUUUUAUGGGUCUUUAUUCUGCGCUACUGAUUUAUAUCUGACAAAUACCGUACGUUACAGUAUAAAUUAUGGACCUUAAAGAUGAUGUCCACUCCGUUCUGCGCAUCAGUUCUGCUCAUAACAAAGGGGGACCCCCAGAUAUAAACAUUGCCCAAAUUUUGCAUCUUUCGAACGUUUUUGAAUUGUAACGUACAGUUUAUAUUCAUUUACAAGUAUAGCGAACCAGAAAAGUGUUAGAUAUUCAGUUAGUAUAUCAUAUUUUACAAAUAUAGCAGUACAAAACGUAAACAAAGUUCGCGCAUGUGCACAGGAGUGGACAUAAUCUUUAAGCAAGCGACGUUUUUUGUCAGCACAGUGUCACGGACGUUAUGCAGAUUGCCAGUGAGGGACUGGAUUAAAAACUGUGUUCGUGUCAGUUUGUGGUAAUCUUCAACACAUGUAACAAAACAUAAGAUUUUUUGAUUUUUUAUGCAUCCUCGUCCUCGGCGCCCGAGGUUGGGCCUGGGGACGAGGAUGGCUAUGGCGAAAAUGGCGCUAAUAUUAGUUAUACUAAUUUUCGGGUGACCUCCGUGUUGACAGAAACGUUGCUUAAGCUCACUUUUAUGUUCUGUUGAUAUAGGGUGAAGAUCAAAGUGAUGCGAAAAAAGAAGAUGCACAGCAACCCAUGGAUACAGAUGAGGUACGUUUUUUUUUUUAUUUAUUUAUUUAGCUUUGCCAACUAGGGCAGGGUCACCACAACAGCAUAUGCCAAUUACUGUGGGCCCUUUUUUUUUUACCUAACCCACCCUGUCAACUUUCCCUGUGGGAGGAAACCGGAGUACCCGGGGAAAACCCACGGCUUUCGGCAGAGCGUUGACUUUUACUCUUUUCACAUGGGGACUGGGUUCGAGUCGCACUGAGAAGGUACUUAGUGAGACUCGAACCUGCAGCCUCAGAGGUGAAAGGCAAGUGCGCUAACCACUUGGCCACCGUUGCCCCUAAAUACGAGAAAUUAUAAGACUUCAAAAGCUUACUUACGUUACAAGUAGACUUAUUAAAAAUAAAGCGUGCAAAAUUUCUAUUUCGUCAAAGUCAUGGUCGCCGAUGUGAAAUGGCUCCAUCUAUUUUGUCAUUUGUAUGAUGUGUGCAAGUCAGUAUUUACGCAUAUAUUUAGAUACUUUCACAAAUAUUAGCAAAUUGCCAAAGCAAAUUGCUAAAUUAUUGAAAAUUUCCUAACGUGAAUGUAACUUUAAUGAGGAUUUGUAAUGAAAAUGAUGUUACACGAAAGUUGAUUGGUUCGUCUACGCGUUUCGGAUCGUCGUUGAAAAUUGUCCCGUGUAACAUCAUCGCCCUUAUCAGUACGAGACAUAUUCAACGUAAAGCCAGUCAGCUUAAUCCUAGGUUACCGAAAUUACAUAGCAAUCUUCCAACAGCUUGUUUAUUAACAUGGAAAUAUUUUUCCAGAAAUCUUGUCUGGAUGAUUAGAAGUAUUAUUUUCCAAAGUUUUGAGAGAAAAGGAAGUGCAGAUGUACCCAAACCGAAACAGCGGGUUAAAUUUUAAUCCAGGGUUAGGGCUAAUCCAGUUUUGAACAACCUGCCUCAGAGCUAUAAGGGUAGCUUAAUCCUGGAUUAGCGUGAAGCGUCAAAUUAACAACUGAACAGGCAAAGUCUUAUCUAUUUGUUUUAUAUAAUAAAAAGAAAACCCUCGAAUUAAACAGGUAAAUAGCUUACUUUUUAUCUACUCAAACAUUUGGAAAUUUGAAAAAAUCGAAAUUUUACAAAUAUCAUGCACGCAUACGUAACCUAUACAAACAAGGGAAUGCUAUUGGCUACCUUGAGUUACAUGCUGUAUUGUGAUCGGCUGUUCUUGUUCAAUAGAACUUUUAUUUUUUAAAGCUAUAAAACAAAUCGAGGCGCAAACCAAAACAGGAGUUAAAUUCUACCCAUGCAGGCUCGGCCCUAAUCCAAAUUUUUGAACAACCGGCCCUGAAGUCUAUAUAUACCUAAAUAUUCCAGUACUUCUGUAUCCUGUACCUUACUUUAAAAUAUCUUUGUUUACUACAAGGCAUCAAAUGACGCUGCCUCCGGUACUAACAACACUGAUCAAGGAGAGCCCAUGUCUGAAAACAACCCAGAACCAGCUGCAAAUGAAGGAGAAAAACAGGGCACUCCAAAGAAACAAGACACUCCAAAGAAACAAGAAGAACCUAAAUCGGCGAAGAAGAAGAAGCCAACGACAAAAACUGUCGAUCUUAAAGUUGAACAUUUCGUAUCCUCUCUUUCUCAACCUGAAUUGAACAAAGUCGUUGAACGGGAGGUGGGUAGAUCAUAUUUGAUGGGAGUGGGCUAUUUGGAGUGAGGAGCUUUAAGGCAAGAGGGGUAUUGAAAUAGCCGAGUACGUUCCGCCCUAUCAUGAUGUGAUAAUUAAAGGUUUCUAGAAGAACGCCAGCAAAUGAACUUGCAGAUCAUAUGCAUGGCCGAAAAAAUUUUCAUGGUCGAUCAGGACUAAUUUGCAUCCCUCUGUUGUAAACGAGAGUGGCUUAAAAGAUGGGUAGAGCAUAAAUGAAUGGGGUUCAUUUGAAAGAGGGCAUUGCUUGUUGAUUUAUUGUCUAUUGGAUUGAAAAACACCAUGAUUAUUUGUUUGGAAAAGCUUUCGAUUCGUAAGCGAAUCAUCAUCAAUGCGGAUAAUACUGUAUAAAGCUUUGAAAGAAACCUUCAGGAAAGUUGUAGGAAGCUUGGUGAAAUCAAUAAUCAUGGUGUUUUUCAAAAACAGUUCUUGGAACAAUUUGUUUCGGUUUGUGGAAAACACCAUGUAUAUUUAUUAUCGUGAAGCUUUUGAUUCGUAAGCAAGGAUCUUCAACAGUGAAAAUAUAUAUUAUUACAUAUAUAAUAAUAUAUAUGAAAAGUUACUCAAUGCUGAAAGCAGUGGAUUUUUUAUUGCACCGCAGUGCAAUUUCUGCAGUGCAAAUUAACAAAACAAGAGAAUGACUCACUCGUGCAUGUUUUUUUCUCUCCCCAAAUUGCACUCGAAACCAUACUAUUACCUAUAAGUGGGUUUCACUCAAGACUUAUACAAUAGGGAAACGCUUGUCGCUUGGUUGUCAAAUUUACACAUAUUUCCGCUCUAUUUCGUUAAAUUGCAUAUAUUUGAUACCAAACACAAGAUCAAUAUUUAUAUUGAAUAUUUAAUUAACCGGUAAAUGUGUUUCCAUUUGGAGUCAUUGAACUAUAAAUAAACUGGAACGCUAACUGCUAUGAUGAAGGCCUAUGAUUUGAUGAAGCCGAAAUAGUUUUUCUGAGUUAUGAGCAGAAAUACUUGACCCCAAACGUCGGGCUAUAUAUCAAAUUGUAGCUAUUGAAAAUUGCUAUUCGGUGUGGAAAUUUCAAGACUUCAGCGAAAAGAAAAAUAUUUUAAAAAUACAAAAACAACUGCAAAACGGCAAAUUAUCGGUAAUUAUGUUUGUAGUUUUUCAAUAUUUCCCUUUUAGCUAAAGUCUUGAAAUUUCUACACCAAAUAGCGUUUUUCAAUAGCUUCAAUUUGAUAUAUAGCCCAACAUUCAGUGUUGAGUAUUUCCGCUCAUAACUCAGAAAAACUAAAAUACACUGGCUUCAAUCCCCCCCCCUGAGUUAGCCUUCCAGUUUAUUUAUAGUUCAAUGUUUGGAGUCGACCACCAAGCGCUUAACGUAUCACGUGACUGAAACCCACUAUACUAAUUAGCACUGAUAAAAAUCGACUUAGGAAUGAACGCUUUUCAAUAAUACAUCUGCAUGACGUUCCCAUACACAAACCAAAACAAAGAACGUAGCUUAACAUCUACAGCUAAACAUGGUGCAUGCCUGUUAAAUUGUUUUUUUAUUCUUUAGAAUGAAUUAAUUUCCCGUGACCGUCAAGAGAACGACCGCAUACAUGCAAUUAAUGCUCUAGAAGAAUAUGUCCUGCAAACACGAAGUAAAUUGUCUGCUGAAUAUGAGAAAUUUGUCACUGAUGAGGUGAAUUGAAUAUAUUCAAUCAACAUCUUGCAUUUAUGGUUGUGAAAAGUUAAUAAGUUUGUUUAUCACAGUUUAUCACCUUUAUCAGACAUAAGGUGACAUAAAAUAAUUGUUGCAUUGGGGCAAUGAUUAUUUUAAAAAUAAAUUCUGACCUUGAUAAAGGCACAAGUAUGUGCAUGACAAACAGGUUAUCAUAAUCGGGGUGAGGUGAUAUCAGUUUUACCGCUUUCAGUACGAUAUCAUAAAUGUCCCGCGUUCGCUGCGCUCUCUCGUGACAUUUAUGAUAUCGUCCUUCAAACGAUAAAACUGAUAUCACCUUGUCCCUCAUAUGAUAACCUAUACUUAUAGCUAGUAUAAAUACUUUUAGGACUUUCUAUCAUUAUAUGUUUUUCAGUUGGUUUAGAAGGGAAAAAAUAAACGCAUGCAGCCAUGUUACAUGGGGCAAUCUAUACGGCUAUCAACACCAAGUUCAGACUUGAAAAAAGUAUUCGCAGAGAAAUUGUGAGCAAGGUCGCCGCUUUACUCCGCCGACGUUGUCCUUGAAUACCCAAGAUGCCCCAAAAUGAACAGAAAGGAAAAUAUCGGUUGCUCCUGUUUGUAGAAAGCUCCCUCGUGCAUGUUAUUACUAAAUUGCACUCUAAAUCAUACUGUACAUUUUUGCAGGAGAGAGGAUCGUUUGUGAAGAAACUAGAUGACGCUGAAGAGUGGUUAUAUGAUGAAGGCGAAGACCAAAUCAAGAGUGUUUACCAGGGGAAGUUGGAGUCAUUAAAGGUACGGCUUGAUUUGUUUCUUCGGGAAGAAUUCUUUAAAAUUCCCUUCUCCAACUAGAAAAAAUAUAUAAUAUAUUGCCAUUUGUUUGGUCGCCUGUGGUGGGGGAUAUCGUACGUUUGGUAAAAGAACAGGACGAUAAAAAAGAAUAAACGAGAAAAAGGGGAAGAAGGGAAUGGCGAAGAGAAGGACGGGGGGAGGAAAUCGGGUUAAUAUACUGGUUGUAAAUAAAAACAUCGAAAUAGAAACAGGAAAGUAUUUGUUCCACGGAAAUGAUUUGUUCCACGGUUAGAAUUGCAAGUCGAGCAUUAAAAGCUGCGUAAUUCUUCGAGUUUGAUCGAAAUGAAAAAUUGUAGUUUUUGUGUAAACUGUUGCCCAGGGAUGGAAAAAGUAUCGGAACCUGGGAACCUAGUUCCCAGAAAGUUUUUUGAGUUGAGAGUUUCACAGAAAAUUUUCCAGAAAAUAUUUCAACAUUUUGAGAUAACUCUGUUUACUCCACUUACAAGUUACAACUAUUCUACUUUAUUUACACUGUACACUGUACAGUGUAGACACUAACAUCAGCAGCCUUUUAAAUAUUUGACAGAAAGUAAUUCUGUUACCCACCGCUGCCAACAUAAUGAGGUAAAAUGGUAAACAUAUGCUCUGCAAAGUCUCCAAUAAAAUGCAAAUUAAAUAGUAAACAAGUCCCAGCGCUAUAAUGCUAUUAUUAUACUGAUAUAAUACUACCGGGCGGAACAAAAAAUGGCCUGUUUGAUUUAUUUUAACUUAAAAACUAAAAGAGCUAUUACACCUAAACUAUGUGCAUUGUAUUCAGUAUUGUCUAACUUAAUUUUUUAUAUACACCCUGUGCAUUUUCGUGCAAUAUUGACAGAGAGAUCUGCGUUUAAACUCGAAUAAACAUUUUGGGAAGUGUCGAGAAUUAGCUAAAAACAGCCUGUUAAACUAAUUUGAUAACCAUUACCAUUUUAUUGUAAAUAUUCGUUUCAAUGAAAUGAAGUUUAAAUUAAAAUGUUUACUGGAUGGAUGUGCUCUUUUAUUUUUGUUUUAAGGUCUUUGCGAAUGCAGGAAAAUUAACUUAUAAUGCGAUUGUGAUUAAAAGAUUUAUUCUAAAUAUUCAAUGACCCUGCAUGGAAAUCAAAUUCUAAUGUUCCAAGAAAGAAACGUCCCGUGUUUUUUAUAAAUAUGCCUCAUUUAAUGAAGGACCAAAGAGUGUCGAUAUAUUUAUAAUAUAUAAGGGUAAAUAAUGCUCGUGAGGUUAUACCGGCGGGGCGUUGGCCAGGUCUCUGAAAACGAACGUGUAUUUUUUUACUAUAGUGUGUCUAAACACAGGUUAUUGCUGUAUUCAUAUUUGAUAGGCCGUUUUUGGUUAAUUCUCAACCCUUUCAAAAAUGGUUACUCGAGUUUAAACAUAGCUCUGUUGGUCAAUAUUGCACAAAAAAGGCAGGGCGUAUAUUAAAAUUUAAGUUAGACAAUACUGAAUACAAUACACGUAGUUCACAUGUAAUAGCUCUUUUAGUUUUUAAGUUAAAACAAAUCACACCGGGCAACUUUUUUUUGUGCCACCCCCGGUACUAUAAUAAAUAAUAAUGAAUUAAAAUAAUACAGUACAUUAAAUUUAAGUAGAAUAAAUUAAUUUAAUACAGACACUCACUCAGACUAUGAUAUAUUUUAUACCUUUAAACUGUGGUAUAUAACAGACAACCAUUGAGAUGCACAAGCAUACGAAAACCAGCAUAAAGCCUAUUAUUAUUAAAGUACAAAUAAUACAAUAAUUAUGCAUUUGUUUUGUCACCUCUGUAAUUGUAACAUUGCAAAUUUCACAGAAAAUUUUUAGCCUUUGACCUAGGUUCCCAGAAAGAAAAAAAAUUCCACUCCUGCUGUUGCCGUGAAUUCUCGUUUAUUGCAUGUAUUGUCCGCCAUUUUUGGGCGGCAAACUGAACAGCAAAUUAAAGGGAAUGUGUCCAUUUUAGAAAAUUGGAGAUCCUAUUUGUCUACGAUUCAAUGAAGCACAAACUAGACCUCAAGCGUUAGAGUCUUUGGGACACGAAAUUCAACUGUGUAAAAAGUUCUUAGAUUUAUAUGAACAAAAGGUACGUAGCAUGCAUUUAGUUAAUUUGUAUUCUUUAGUUUUAUAUAUUUCGGCUUCUUAUAAAUAUACGAGGUUUCUGAUAAAUGGUCAGAGAUUUCCACUUGAUAAAGGAUAAGUCCUUGGUAAAUGAUAUUCACUUGAUAAUGAGUUUCUAGCUUAUUUUACUUUGGCUUUAUUAAAGGGCUGCAUGAGAAUGCAUGAUGAAGUUCUUGGUUUGUAUGCGUGAGUUGAGAAUUUUGUAUAAUCUGCUUUCUAUUUCCUUACUUUAUCUGCGUUUGGAUCAGGAUGAGAAAUAUGAACACUUAGAGGCUGCUGAAGUUAAAAAAGUCGAAGAAGCUGUUUCAGAGAAACAAAAAUGGUUGGAUGAAAUGUGGAAUAAGGUGAACAAACAAGCACCACACGAGCCUCCUGCUGUAUUAACUGCUGCUAUAUUUGAAGAAAAACAGGUAUGAAAAUAGCAGGGCUGAUUUAUUUUGGUGCACGCGAGCAAAAUCUUUGUAAAUUUACCUUAUCGUAAAGUGCAAUCCUUUGUUCACGUUUUCAUCUCUCAACGUCUUGGUGCAUGCUGUGUUCGUUCUCGCUUAUUUUGGGGGUGCUUUUAGAGUAUUUUUUUAAACUUUUUUUGUCGCAGCCGGCAGGGCAUUGUCGCAGCCGGCAGGGCAUGCAAUCAAUUUGUCGCAGCCGGCAGGGCAUGCAAUCAAAUUGUGAGAUUCGCCAAAACAAGCGUGGCCAUAUAAUAAGCUACAAUCACGGUUAAUAGCUACAAUAGACUAUUUCCGAAGUACGCUCUAAUUGUCAAGAACAAUAACACCAAGUCGAGGUUUAGUGCUAAAUUGUCAUAGAAACAUUACAAUUUUCCACGAAGCCUCGUUUUCAGGCUAUUAUUUGUGGACAAAUGGCAUGUCAAAUGACCGUUAUUCGGAAAUGACCUUUUCAACCGUCGCUCUUGGUUUCCUCUCAAUUUUGCACGAAGCCUCGUUUUCAGGCUAUUAUUUGUGGACAAAUGGUAUAUCAAAUGACCGUUAUUCGGAAAUGACCUUUUUUUGGUUUCCUUUCAAUGCAAUAUGUUGUCUCUUACCGGGUAACCACUUGCCUAAGUAUAGCCAAAUUCUGGGGACAAGAUUCCGUUCCUUUGCGUUCAGCCUUGUAAAUUGUCUUUAAUGACUUUAGUGUGCGUGACAUCAUUACUAAGUACAAUUGUUGGCUAUUUGACAAGAGUGAAGAGUCGUAAAUUAAUUUCAAGAAAAGAUUUUUAUCUUCAUUUUUAUAGUUUCUAAAUCAACUACUUUCUAACAUUAUGUAGAAAUUUGAGAACAUAUAUAAACCUAUCGUGAAUAAACCCAAACCUAAACCAAAGGAGGAACCGCCUAAAGAUGAAACGAAAGAUGAGAAGAAAGAUGAGAAAAACGAUAAUAAAGAUGAGACGAGUGAAGAUAAACCAGAAGAAGAAGGCAAUAAAGAAAAUGAAGGUAAAGAAGAAAACGAAGUUAAAGAAGAAAACGAAGUUAAAGAAGAAAAUAAACAGACCAAUGAUAUGGACGUUGACUAAUAAAUACAAUAUAAAGUUGCUUAUCGAAGAUAAGAAGCUUGCGUUUUAGUCACUGCUUUUUUGCGCUGAACGUGUAGUUGCGUUCCAUGUCUAGCUUUGCAGUCCAGAUCCAAUUGUUGUUAUACUAGGAUCGAGAAUUUGAGAUUUUGACUCAAAAUCAAAAUAUGUUCAACGUCAAGUGAGCACUCAUUAAAUCGAACAUUGUUAAACAUGACUAAGGCAAUGGAAAUCUGAGAUUCUUGACCCUUGUCAAACAAACAUACAAACAUUGUGAAUGUGCAAUACCAAGCAUAGUGCUAGUAUAGCUAACAAUUUAGGAAUUAAUAUCAAUUAUGAUACUUUCAAAAUGAUUUUGUAAUACCUUUAAAUUUACCUGUAAUAGAGAUGAAAAAAGAAAGAUUUUUAUAGGUGUCAUAACAUACACUCACGAGUGAUGUCUUUCGACACAGUUACAUAUCGUCUUUAUGUAGUUAGAUUAAUCGGUUUUACAAGUGAUAAUGGUUAUUUUCUUUCUUGUAAUUCUCUUGUAUUUCAUGGUUAUUGUGGUUCUCUUUAAGGCUUCUUGUAGUUCUCAUGAUUCUGCAUUGUUCUGGCGGCUCUAAACGUUAUUUAGGUUCUUGUGGUCAUCUUGGUGCUUGCAUGUGGCUAGCCUGCGUAGCAGCUGGUUUUUAAGGGGCGCCGUUCUUCGGCAUUUUGCUUAUUUCGGUGCGCUGCCCUUCAAUCAAAAUUAAA